AUGGUACAAGAGCGACGAGAAGAAGAUCGACAAAUGGCAAUUCUAAUGCAUGAAGAAGACAAAAAUCUAUCGCGUUUGCAACGUGAAGAAGACCUCAACGUGUUAAAACAGCAAUAUGAAGAAGAUCAAGAACUUGCUCGUGUUCAACGUGAAGAUGAUAACCAAACGGCUUAUGCACAGCGUACGCACGACUUGCGAACAGCGAUAGAUAAACGACGACAAGAGUAUGCGUUAGCCGAAGUGCAACGUAGUCUAUAUCAGCAGAAGCGCGCUGAUGAACUUGGAGUUAA